AUGGCGGCCGCCGGCGUGAGGGGAGCCCCGGGGAGCCGCGCGCUCGGCCUGGUGCUGCUGCUGCUCUGCGGCCGGGCCCUGGCCGAGGCGGCCGUCGAGUCUGUAGAAGUAGAGGAGCGUCAGCAAAAUAUUUCCAGAAGUGAGAAUGAAACACUGCAAAAUGUGAUGGACGGUUUGCACAGCAUAACACCAACAAAAAAAGAGGUGCCCCCAACAGCAGCUAAAAUCACUCCAAUGACUGCAGUAAAACCAUCUCCAGCAAGAGGUGAUUCUCUGCUCAGUGUCCUCUCUCAUGCAGUGACUGUUAGUCCUGUUUCUCAGAUGGAUGUUGAUGCUUCUGAAGACACUAAAAUCGAGGAAGAGGAUCUUCUAACAGAUUUGAAAGACACACUAAAUAGUUCUCCGCCCAUAAUAAAAGAAACUCUGGAAUCUGAUGGAGAUGACUAUGGUCCUUAUGAAAUGACAUCGAAUUCAAGAUACAGUCCAGACCUCCUAGACAUGCCAGAAGAUGAGGACUCUGACACCAUUAGUAAUUAUAACGAGGAGAUUAAGUCCCAUGAAGAGAGGAUGAAAGAUGCUACUGUUGCAGAUUUGGAAGAAGACAGCCACUUCUUCUUUCAUCUGGUUAUAGUUGCCUUCUUAGUAGCUGUUGUUUAUAUCACCUAUCACAACAAGAGGAAGAUCUUCUUGUUGGUCCAGAGCCGCAGAUGGCGGGAUGGCCUGUGCUCUAGAACAGUGGAAUAUCAUCGUUUAGAUCAAAAUGUUAAUGAAGCAAUGCCUUCCUUGAAGAUAACCAAUGAUUAUGUAUUUUGAAAGCACUGUGAUUUGCGUUUGCUGAACUUCUCAGUCUUUGCCUGCCUAGUCAUGUAAUGAUAUUCAGGUAUUCUAAAUAUGCCGCUUGUGCUGAAGUGAGGGGGACUUUCUGAGACACGGAUAUUUUUGGGAUUAAAUCUCAUGCAAGGUCAAGGGCUUGAUGCAUCUGUUUGCUACUUUGGUCAGGUUUUAAAUCAGCUAUACRGAGUUUAAUAAUUAGUGCCCUUUCUGUUUAUUAAGCAUCUUCCCUUUUAUCUAGAGCAGUCUUAAUAGUGGUAAUGCAAAAAAAAAAAAAAAAAAGGCAUCAAGUAUCUUAAGUUUAAUAAAUUAAUGUUUGGCAUCGCUGAAUCAAAUUAAUGAUCUCUUUGCUAAUCACUGAAAUGGUUUAUAAAUCCUACUGUAUUACAGUUCAAAAAAUAAUUAGUUUUUUUCUGUGCUUAAAUCCUGGUGCUGCAAAAAUAAUUAUGUUUAAAAUACUUCAUUAGAGGAAUUAUACACUGUAUUUCUUUAGAAUGCUCCAGAUUUAUGAGAAGGUCUUGCAGCUUCUUGACUGUCCAUAUUUUUUUCUUUAUAUUUAUGACUAUUUUAUUAUCUUCAUAAUUACUGAGUGGAAAAUAAACUUUAUGAUACAAUUUUAGUGAAAUAUGGAUGACAGGCUUUCGGUACAUCAAAACUCUCUCAUGAAUUUGAGGACAGUUGGAACACACAGUUGCGUGCUUUGGUACAUUGUGAACAGGAGAGGCCUGAGAAUGUAAGAGCAAGAUAUUUUGUUGUUACUCUGACCGAGGUAACAGGCAGAUGAAGGUAAUAGCAUGUGGGGCUGCCAGUCUGUGGAGAGCACAUUCUCAAUUUUGACAAAUAUUUAGCAUUACUGUAAAGCAAUUACUGGUACAUUAGGGUUUUUUUAUUAUUAUUCAUUUUUAACCAUGUCUUUUGUACGUUCAUUAUUUAUGUUUUCAUGAGUUGUAAAAUUUAAAAUCUCUUUAGUUCUCUGUACAUUCUGUUUGUGAUUUAGUUUUCAAAACUGAUUAAAUGUGUAAAUAAUAGUGGAUCAGAACCGUAAUCAAUGACUUGGUAUUCACGUAAUUAUGUAACACUUCGAAAGAAAUCAGAAUGU